CCAUCCCCGAGGAGGAGUGGGGCCUUCCCUUUGUCUCAUUCGCAUUCCCAUUUUCACAUCAACGGGCUUUCCCAGCCCAUGGGCUUAUCCUUAUGAUCCAUUUAAUUAAACUUGUAUUCUCCACAACGGGAUUUCCUUCUCCGUACAUGGUAAUGGAGCCAUCCACUCCUCCAAAUCUCGACGACUACUCCUCGUCCGCCACCACUGUUAUUUUCGACCCUCCCGUCCCGUUGCUCCGGGGACCUCUACCCGCCGGUUACACCGAUUAUCCGGAACUCGGGCCCUAUGUCCUCGCCUUCGCAUCGGCCGAGUCCUGGGCCGUCGCUUACAAGCGAUGCGAAACCCUAAUCCGAGAGCAAUGUGAGGAAGGGGCCAGAAUCGGCUGCGCCGUCACCGCUUCCAACAAUUGCAAGCCACCGUGGUGGCGUAACCUCUCCGGUCUGAGCUCCGAAGACAUGAGGGAGCGAGAGAAGUGCGAGGUGCGGGAGUUCGAGGGCUGUUUGGCCGCCGCCGGGGAGAAAUGCUCCGGCUUCGCCAAGGACAAGUGCUCCAGGCCAUUUCUAGACGCGCGGAUCGCGGUGGCGCGUGGCGAUGAGGCUAUAAGCGCAAAUGAGGUUGAGGGAUUGGUCUGGUUGGCGUCGAUGCCUGAGGAUAGCGGGUUCCGGGAUCUGUUGGGUUCGCGAAAGCAGAGGACAGCCGUGACGAACUACAGAGCAAGGGAUAUGCUGAAGGCGGAGAGGGAAUGCUUGGUUGAAUAGGGAGGUAGGGUAUUUGUGAGAGAAUGCGUUAUAUGAAGAAGAGGGCAGAAGCUGUUAAGUCGAAGUCCCCAUGUUUGCAUUCCUAUUAGUUGGCGUUGAUGUUUGUCCUCCAGUGUCCAUUUUCUUUCUCAGUCUCAGAGGUUGCAUUUCAAAUUCUUCGGCCCAAUGCGAGAAGAAACUGGUGUUAUUGAGUUGGGAGUAAAUUUAACAAAACCAUGAAUUGGAUGUAAGAGCGGUGAAACCAUUUACCUUUUUGUUGCUCUCACACGGGAAGGAGUCUCUUCUUCUGCAAGUGAGGAUUCAAUGGUUUAAGUUAAAACCAGUCGAAGAUCAUUUGCGCCACGUCUUCAAAGUCCAGCCGGCAAUCACGGUUUGAGCAUUUGGAAUAUUUUUAUAAAAAAAAAUGUCAACUUUAAUUCUUUUCAAACCAGUGGUUGUUUAAUCGCCGACGUCUUUGUUUGUGAUGUCGUCAAGUGAGAAUUCGGGGCCUUUGACGAA